AUAUCGUUUGUACUUGUUUCUCUCGCGAGAUCUGACAACACUGCGCGUGAACUAAACAGGACGAAGAACAAGCAAAAUGGCGUUCGACGGGGAAGACGUUAUUGUGUUUAUUACAGUACUGUGUUCUUAUUCAGCACGUACAUGUACACAUUUGUGUCGUGUAAUAGAGUAAACAUCGUUAUUAAUAGUUUGUAUCCGGAUACAUUAGUCUGAGUGCACGUUAACUUGAAGAUAUCCGUGCUAGCAUAGCUUGCUAGUUAGCUUAGCAUGUUAGCUGCUAACAAAGAGAGGCGGAAGUGAUGAAAACACAUCGCUAAGCAGAGAUCAAGUGUGAGUGUAAAGUGUUGUGAUUGUGUGAAAAUGUGCGAAAGAACGAUAGCAGAGUACGAGGAGGAACUUUGUCCAACAAAAGAGGAGAAGGAGCGACAACAUCAACUACUGGACGCUGUUUUCAAGAAACAUCAAGUUGUGUUACACAGAACAGACGUCCAGCAGCCCCCCCACAUUAAAGAGGAAGAGGAGGAAGUGUGGAUCACUCAGGAGGAAGAGUGUCUUCUAGGGCAGGAGGAGGCUGAUCUCACCAAGUUUCCACUGACUGUUGUCUCUGUGAAGACUGAAGACCAUGAAGACAAACCACCUGAGUCCUCACAGCUUCAUCACAGUCCAAACGUCUGUGAAAAAAAUGUUCUCCCUGAGCAGCAGGAGUGGAGCUUUAGGAUGGAGCAGGAGGAGCCACAGCUCCCUCACAUUAAAGAGGAAAAGGAGGCGCCACAGAAUCUGCACCUUAAAAAGGAAGAGGAGGACCCACUGAGCCCCCAAAUUAAAGAGGAAGAGGAGGAACACAGCAUCAGUCAGGAGGGAGAUCAGCUUGAAUGGUUGGAGGAGUUCCCAGUGAUUGGUGUCCCUGUGAAGAGUGAAGAUGAUGAGGUCAAAGGUGAAAGUGAGGAGCAGAGAGAGGCGGAGCCUCCAAGCAGCAGCUCAACUCAACACAUGACAACAGAAGCUGAUGGAGACCACUGUGGAGGAUCACAAGCAGACAAGCUCUUAGCUCCACUAUCAGAUAGUGAGGACACAACGUCACACUCUCCUGACACUGAUGAUGAAGACUCUAAAGAUGAUAAGACAUGUCACACUGACAACACACACUUCACAUGUUCUCACUGCGACAAAACUUUUAGUCAUCGCUAUCGGAAAGUACACAUGAGAAUACACACCGGGGAAAAACCUUUUUCUUGCUCAAGAUGUGGGAAAUGUUUUUCAAGAAAAAACGGGUUGAAAGAACACAUGCAAAUCCACACUGGAGAAAAAUCCUUUUCCUGCUCAGUAUGUGGUAAAAGUUUUGUGUUAAGUCAAAAUUUGAAAGUACACAUGAGAAUACACACUGGAGAGAAGCCCUUUUCCUGUUCAAUCUGUGGCAAAAGUUUUACACAAAGUCAAUGUUUGAAAAGACACAAAAGAUUACACACUGGAGAACAUGAUGAUGAAGACUCUAAAGAUGAUAAGACAUGUCACACUGACAACACACACUUUGCAUGCUCUCACUGUGACAAAACUUUUAAUUACCGCUGUGAUCUGAAAGUACACAUGAGAAUACACACUGGAGAAAACGCUUUUUCCUGCUCAGAAUGUGGUAAAGGUUUUGUACAAACACAGCAUUUAAAAGUACACAUGAGAAUGCACACCGGAGAAAAACCUUUUCUCUGUUCAGUCUGCGGUAAAGGUUUUGUACAAAGUCAAAAUUUGAAAGUACACAUGAAAACGCACACUGGAGAAAAACCUUUUAUUUGUUCAGUCUGCACGAAAGGUUUUUUACAAAGUCACGAUUUGAAAACACACAUGAGAACACACACCGGAGAAAAACCAUUCCCAUGCUCAGUUUGCAAUAAAACAUUCCCUCAAAAGUACCAUUUGGAGAGACACACAAGAGUACAUACCGGUGAAAAACCUUUUACCUGUUCAAUCUGUUGCAAAGGUUUUGCACAUAAGAAGAAUUUAAAAGUGCACAUGCGAACGCACACUGGUGAGAAAUCAUUUUUCUGUUCAAGCUGCAACAAAAGCUUCUGUGACCAAGCGACACUUGGACGACACAUGAGGAUACACACCGGAGAGAAAGUGUUUAGUUGCAGUGUGUGUGGUGAAAGAUUCUCUUAUAAGUACCAGUGUAAGAAACACAAGUGUGCUGGUGAGAACAGCAGCAUCAAAUAAAGAUGCAGGAUUUGAAAUAAACUGUCAAAACUUUAACUGACUUACUAACAUCAGCACAUAUAACAUGUGUGACAUCAUUGUUGUGUGUGUAACACAAAAUUGUAAAUAUGAUUCUACCAUUUAUAGAUUAGAUGGUUAAGAUUAGUGCCUUUAUCCGUCAAUUACACACAUUAAUAUACAACAUUGUGUACUGGUGAGAACAGCAGCAGCAAAUGAAGAUGGAGGUGUCAGAAUAAUUGUAUCUAAGUUAUCACAAAACUUUGUGUUGCCAUGAGUUCCCGGCGAGAGGACAAAAGCUGUCUUUGAUCUUACCAAGCAAAAGGCUUGUAAAACUCUACUGUGUAGGAUGGGAAGCGACAUGAAGAUGUUGGUGUCUUUGAUCUAUUUUUAUCCACAGGAAGAUCUUGUCUUGACCCGAGAUCUACAAAGCGGAGCGGAAGCAGGACCUGACGCAAGCUCCAGGCAUCUUUUCUUUGAACUGUUUUGUGACCAAAGGUCGACGGCUGUUUACGACCCCCUCUCCCCUUAGAAACAGCUGUUGCCAUGUAAUCAGGGAAAGUCCGAAUAAAAGAGGAGGCGUGCAACCUUUUGCCAGAGCGUGGUGGAAGACUGUACAAAGAGUACAGCCCAGGCGUUUCUCCUCAAUAAGCAAAAUAGAAUUCUGUCUCUUGUUUAAUUCCUUGCUUCUUGUCUGUUUAAUAGAUGUCA